GCACAGACAAAUGUAUUCACAUUCAGUGUAUUAAUAUUGCACAGAUUUAUUGUUUAAAUCUUAAAACAUAUAGCUUUGCAUUGGGAGUACAACAAGUCAUUGAGCAAAGAGUUGAGAUACCAAAAAGCUUAGGCGUGACCUAUACAGUGUCGCCCAUAUUCAUAACGCAGGCUUUAUUAUUAUAGAGCUGGUAUUCGAGCAGCCAGUGCGUAAAAGCCUCCGCGCUGUUCCUCCACGCUUGACGCGCGACACAGCGGAUGAAUAUUGUGUUUGCGGUGUCAGUUAGGAUGGGACUUUAAUAAUCAGUGCAAUUAAAAACGCACCGGAAAGGUGACUACAAUUAUACACCUUCCGGUGCGUAAUAACGGAUACGACUCCUCGUUAGAAACCUGGUUUGAACGUUGGAUACAUGGCAACACAUCUGUCUCUUUGGAGUUGGCUCAUGAGGCACGAGUACCGGUUCUCAGCUGUGAUCAGAGCUCACGCUUACAUGCUAUGAGUCACUAUCUCUCUCUCUCUUGGGCUCACACUUAGAUUAGAGACACCCUUAUAGAUAUAGAUCAGAUAGGUUGAAGCACUCUGUCUCCUCCUGUUUCUGUUCCAAAGUUAGCAUGGAAACUAACAUGGCAGAAGUACAGGCUUUCUUCUAAAUCAGGGAAAACAUCUGGACUCUGUGGCACCAUCUUCCUCUCUGGAACUCACAAUGGAACCCCUAGACCAGACCUACUGGUUCCCCCUUGCAUCAGACCUCAACUCCUCCUCCUCCUCCUCCUCCUCUGCAGCCACGCCCUUCCACUUUUCCUACCCCCGCCUCUUCAACAUCUCCUCCAACAUGUCCACUCAAAGUGUCCCCUUUCAGGGCAGCAGCACUCUGAUGACGGCGGUCAUCUCCCUCACGGUCUUCAUGGUGGGUCUGACCGGCAACAGUCUGGCCAUCUAUGUGGUGCUUCGCUACGCCAAAAUGAAGACAGUCACCAACAUCUACAUCCUGAACCUGGCUGUGGCCGACGAGCUCUACAUCAUCGGCCUCCCCUUCCUCACCACGCAGAACGUGCUCUCCUAUUGGCCGUUUGGCUCCUUCUUGUGCCGCGUGGUCAUGACGGCGGACUCCAUGAACCAGUUCACGUCUAUUUUCUGCCUGACGGUCAUGUCCAUCGACCGUUACCUGGCUGUGGUUCAUCCGAUCCGCAGCACCAGGUGGAGACACCCCCGCGUGGCCAAGGUGGUGAGCGCAGCCGUGUGGGCCGUGUCCUUUGUGGUGGUCCUGCCUGUGGUCAUCUUCUCUGAUGUUCAGGACACAUUUAACUCCUGCAACAUGAACUGGCCAGAGCCAAAGAAUGUGUGGUCAACAGCCUUCAUUCUCUACACUGCCACGGUGGGCUUCUUUGGACCGCUGCUCAUCAUUUGUCUCUGCUACCUACUUAUCGUUAUCAAGAUGAAGUCGUCAGGGGCGCGAGCGGGCUUCACCAAGCGUCGGCGUUCGGAGCGCAAGGUGACGCGGAUGGUGGUGGUGAUAGUGGUGGUGUUUGUGCUCUGCUGGCUGCCGUUCUUCAUCAUCAAUAUGGUCAAUCUGGUGGUCAUCAUCCCAGAGUCCAGCGCCACUGCCGGCAUCUACUUCUUUGCUGUCAUCCUGUCCUACGCCAACUCCUGUGCCAACCCGGUGCUCUACGGCUUUCUGUCGGACAACUUCAGACAGAGCUUCAGAAAAGUGCUCUGUGUGAGGAGUGUGAGGUGCAAGGCCAAUGGUGUGGAUGAUGGCGACCCCAGUGCUCCACGUACUGAGAAAACCACGGCACACGACUGCGUCCUUCUCUCCCCUCGUAACGAGGCCUACCACGAUCCCCAGAGUAGCCAGAUCUCUCCUCACCCUCCAGGCUCGCCUAUCUCACACACAGCAGCAGACCUGCACGGCUCCACCCCGACGUGUCAACCCCUCUCCACUUGCCCAGGAAUCGGACUCACCACUACCACGGCAACCUCCGUGAUGGCUGAACUUCCGAUAGCCACUGCCCUGACUGCGCCCUCCUCCCCUGCAUCCACAGCUGUGCAGGAACAGUAGCCAGCGAACGCUGGGCAUCAGGUGUUUUAAGAAGUGAAAAGAGAAGCUGAAGAGGAAAAACAUGAUAUAAGACUACAGAAGCGGAGGCAGGGGGGUUGGAUUAGCUGAUCGAAAUAGCAAAAACUGAUGCUUUUAUGCAGUGGCAAUGAAAAUAAUCCGUUUCUAGGACUAUUUUCACAUGAACACUCACUCUGAAUGCAUUGCAACAUUUAUGAUCCAUUUCUUUGAAACAACAUCAUGAAUAUUUUCUGUGUUCUGUACUUGUAUGAUUCACCCAGCUGUUCAACAAGCCCCAUUUUUCUUUCCAUCCAGCUAUCUGACAUAAGUGCCUUUUCAGCCACUCUGAGCAAUUACCACAUCUCCUCAACAGACACAGUAACAUUCACACCUUCCCUCUCUCGCUUUCUGUUCAUCUGUUACACAACAUGUAAGAAUGUAUUUACUGUUCCUGCAAGUAUAUCAGACGUUUAUUUGGGUAAACCGGGCAUUACAGGGUUCUCCUUUGCAACCACACGCUGUGAUUUAGGCUGAAAAGAUGAAGGGUAUUUUCAGAAAAAAAUCUUGCCUAAUGCGGCUUUAGUUAAACAGCUAAACAGCAAAAUGCACUAAUUCAGUGUGUUUUUUUUUCUGUAUUAUAGUGCAAAUUUCAAGCUCCCACUCACUUUUAUUCUCUUCACUUAAUUUAAAUUGUGAUGAAUGAAGUUGACAUCUGUACAGCUUUGUGGAAAAAGUCUGCUGUAAUCCUUUUUGUAUAAUGUUUGCAUCUACAGAAAAAGGCUUGCUUGCUGUUUAUCAGCUUCUCAGUGACUGUCCCUGCUCAGUGUUUUCCUGUAAACAUGUAGCCAGCAUUGAACGCUCUGACCUCUUUGUAUAUAUGCCUCUUAAUUUACGUGUGUCCAUUUGUGGCUGAUUUGUUCAUGUACUGUAUAUACAUGCUUUCCCUCUGUAGAAUAUGUAAGGCUGGUAAAUCCAGGGUUUAUAGCAGCAUAUAUUGUUGCUAGUGUUAUUGCUUUGCUCAGCACCUUGUUUAUUGUACAAUGAUAGAAUACAUAUACAUAUACAGUGGCUAUUUCUGAUCAGACUAGCAGCACAGUACCUCAGCCUCCAUUAGCCUUUGAAAUGCUUGUAUUGCAAAACAUGUCCGGCCAUAAGCUUUUAUCAUGAAAGGUCCUGUGUUGUUUUUGGGACAGAUGGGAGAGGAUAGAGUGCUACAGGAAUGAGUCCUAAAACCCGGAAAUGAGUUAGCAUUUUAGCACUUCCAGUUCCCUCGUCUGGAAGUCAGUCGGUUUUUUG